AUGCCGUUUGGAAUCACAUAUGCACCUGCUAUUUGGCAAAAGGCCAUGGAUGAAAUUUUAUCAGGCAUUCCAGGAUGCAUAUGCUACUUAGAUGACAUACUGGUAGUAGGAGGUAGCCAGGAGGAACAUGAGCAGAGGUUAGACAUUGUGUUGGACCAACUGAGUAAGAGAGGUUAUUCCCUCAUUGACGUAGAGAUGGCAAAACGAGAUCAUUUUGAUGUGCUGAUCGUUUGUCCUCGGGAGUCAGAGCUGCAGGCUGCACGUCACGUGUUUGAACACGAAACAAACAGCAAGUUUGAAGGAGCUCACACUGAUCUCCCUUACAACCUUCGUUUAUGUCGUGGAUGGAAUGAUUUGCCUUUGAAUGUUGCCAUGGUAGCUCAGGUGGGUUCGGGUCAUAUUGAGUGUACGAAGCUUGUUCCUGAUCUGGCAAAACAUUUUACUGUUGGUUUGAUUGCAAUGACGGGCAUUUGUACUGGAGAAGAAGACAAGUACAGAGGAAUAGAAUAUGGGACAGUUGUGGUUGGCAACAGAACAACAACAGAAUGUAGAGGGUUAGAGAAGGAAGAUGGAACAGUUCAAUCUCGUGCUUGUUACAAGGAGUUGGACAAACAGCUUUCUCCAGCACUGAAUGAGCUUGUCGAAAUGAGAGAAAGUCACAAGUGGUCAUCAUAUGUUCCUGCUGUAGUAUAUCGUGCCAGUCCACGAUAUGUGAAGGAGCUACUGUUAGAGUGUGUGUUAGAUAAUGAAGGCAUCGGUAAGAGAAAACUUCUUACAGUCGUGGAAUCCAAAAGUUUGGGUUUGACCAAACUUGACAUUGAUGAGGUGCUAGACAAGAUGCAGAAGAAGCAUGAGCCAUUGGUAUAUGUAGAGGGCAAGCGACGGGAAUACAAGGCAACCGAAGCAGGAGAGUUGUAUGCUAAUGACCAAACGGGAUUUGCACUUGAAGACAAAACUUUUACUGUUGUAUUUGCAUCAAUAGGAUCAGUUUUCAUGGACACCGAGAGACUUGACAUGACAAAAGUGAGACAACGAAUGGGAGAUCACGACAUCAAAGCUAUUGAUAAAGAAGCUCAUUCAUUCAUGGAACAAGCGACAGACAGUUUCAGUCCUGGAUUAGCUGUUGUGAUGAAGGGAAUAUCUGACUACGGAACUGAGAGCAGCAAACUGAUGUAUUACGAAGCUUAUGCAGCUGCCACUCCAGCUGCAUUUUUGAGACAUUUCAUCACUGAAAAGAAGUCUGUGAUCAGUUCUGGGUCAUUGAAAGCUCAGUUGUUUGAUUUGUGUGACAUUGUGGGUGACAAGUGGCGUGAUUUGGCUGAUCGUCUCAACAUGAGCAGAUAUGAUGUUGAGAUGAUAGAACUGGAGGUUCAUACAAAGAAGGAACGAGCAUUUAUGAUGCUAUGCAAAUGGCAGUCGAUGAUAGGAGACAAUGCAACCGUAGAGAAGGUAAAAGCUGAACUAAAAGAGAUUGAAGAACAGAAGAAGGAAGAAGCCAUUGCAAGUGUAGUGUUUCCCAAUGAGCUAAUGGACGAGAAGCAAUUUUGUGGUCGCAAGAAAGAGUUGACAAUUUUGUCCAACACAAUGUGGGGAGAAAAGACUCCACAAGUGUCUACAUCAUUGAAAUUCUGCUGUGUGGUGAUCAAAGGAAUGGGCGGAGUGGGGAAAUCAUCUUUGGCAGCCAAAUAUGCAUUUCAAUGUAAACAUCUGUAUAGUGAUGGAGUGCUGUAUUUCAAUGCAGAAUCAUGGGCAACGCUGACAAACUCAGUCAUACACAAUCUCACAGUUUUGUCUUUAAGUUCUCCUUCUGUUUCACGUUCUCAAAGUCGAUUUGAUGAGCUAAAGAGCAAUCCAUUACAAGACAACAAUGCAGUGCUGCUUAACCACAUUUCCAAGCUUCCUAAGAUGUUGCUGGUGUAUGAUGGUGCAGAUGAUCUCUCUUUUCUGCCUAAAAUUCUUCCUCGUUCAUCUGCUCGUGUCCAUGUAUUGAUCACAAGUCGAUGUGAUGAUUGUUCUGUGUUACAGAAAUCAAUAAAUCAUGUCAUCUCUCUUGGUUGUUUGGAAGCGGAAGAUGCUGUGGCAGCUGUAGCCAUGUGGUCUGGUCAUCAACCGUCCAACAGUCAAGAAACAGCAACAGCCACCAAAUUGUCAGUUGAACCUCCCAUAGAAAAGCUAGCAAUUGCUCUUGCUCAUGCAGGCACGUAUAUGCGAAAGGCACAUCUAAGUUAUGAGGAAUAUUACAAACUGUUGAAAAGAAAUGAAGUUGGACUUGAGGCUUUGGCAUUGGAUCUUGACAAACUGUUGCAUUACUUUAGAGCAAGUCGUCUACGUGAAGUGCUCAUGGAAGCUGAUGUAACUCAGCCUCCUGAUUUGAAACGGUUGAGUGACAAGAAUAUUGAUCAAUUGGAUAUAAGUGAACGUGACAAAAAUGUUGUAAAAAAUGUGAGAAAUUUUAUGAUGUCUUCUAGUCAUGCUCAUCUGACAUGGCAGAUGGACAUUGAUUUGGUUGCAAGAGAGAAUCCCAAAGCGCUGUCUCUACUUGAAUAUGCAUCAUUUCUGUCUUCAAGAGACAUUCCAGAAAAGCUCGUUCGUCCUCUUGUGUUUGGUGAAUGUGCCAAUUAUGAAUACAGUUUGUGUGUCUCAAGUUUGUCUUCACACAAUUUAGUUGAAUGGCACGAGACAGCAGAAGGUUACACUUUGAAUAUUCAUCCAUUGGUGCAGUCAACAGUGAUGGAACGUGUCAAGCAGCAGCCAGAUGAGAUGGAACGUAAAAUAACUGAUGUUUGUAAAAAUAUGCUGUCUCAUAUGCCAUACAAUGAAAUGCACUUUAAUUGUCUUCCAAGUGAUGUACGACUUCAACUCGCUUCUCACUCGUAUUCAUUGACUAAGCAUGUAUUGCUAGCUGAUGUAGAAAUACCAACUUGCUUGCAGUUGGUUAGGUUGACGUAUGCUAUAUUUAUGCUCUACCAGUCUCUUGACCCAUCAUGUUAUUUGUGUGAAAAAUGGUACGACAAAGUGAUGCAGUUGCACAGUUUUCCACAUGAGGUCAAACUCAAAUGGCAAGUAUUCUUUUGA